UAAAAAUAGACUCACACCCCGAGACGGCCGGCUCCGCCUGAACUCCCGCUGAAGUCCAACAUCAUAGGUCUAUCUCCUCAACUUCAUGGCUAUGAGAAGGGCGCUGACAGUAGUUCAAGGAUACAGCUGCACCCUAAGGGGAGGAAAUGUCACCCUGCAAAAACGAUCUGUCGCGGCACAGAGAACUUUGUCCCAAAAUUCUGCCUAAAGUUGCUGUUUGACAGCCGCAGUCUUGCUGCUGAAUAUUCCCUUGAGCAAUUUCAGCUAGAAGUCCUGAUGGAUGUGUCACUCCUUUACACCGAUGACCAAACACGGUCAGCGGUGUGUCUCCCAGACAGCCAGACGAGGGGUUUGGACUCCAUCUCUCUUUUACACAGUCCUGCUGUAAACACGCUGUCUGCAGGCGAGACAGGAACGGAGGCUGCGCCUGAGCUCUCAGACCCGGCUGACAAAUCCUCUGAGGCUUUAACAAAUGUCUAUGCAUGCCUCCCUCAUGAGAAAAGCGCUGACUCAGACUGUUUGAAACUUUCAUCAUGCAGCUACAAUGUCUCAGAUUGUUUGUCACUUCGCUCAGAGCCUGUGCCAACGGAUGAUGACCUCAGGGUUCAGGCUUAUUUUGGCUCAUCAGAAACUGCUUUGCCUCUCUUACCUCACCUGCCUCACGACCUUAAUUCACCCCCAACGGAAACUUUCUCAGAGUUUUACAUUGAACAGGCCUCAUCCCUCGCCUGUCCUCUCAUUCAGGACAACACUCCACCUGAUCCUUUUGGGGUCAGGUCACAUGUUUCAGAGGGUUUGAUGGAGCCGUCUGCCUCUGAGCCCCUCACCAGGCUCAGCUUCAGCUGUGAACACAUUCAAGACGCUUUUCUUUUGAGUUCAUCAUCGCCUCACUCCGACAGUUCAGAAGGUGACGCAGCUGUAGCGCCUGUGUCAGACCUUUAUAUCUUUGAGAGUGAGACACAAAACCUUAUCCUGGACCCCAAUGUAUAUCCCCAUGAGAUUAUAUGUCCUGAUUUCGAGGCAUCAUCACAAAUAGAAGAAAAAAGGACAAGUAAUGUGUGUGAUUCAGCAGACGUGCUGAGCUCUACUGAGGAACAAGCUAUAGUGGAUUAUGAGUCAGACGUGGGACAUUACGCAGGGCUUAGACCACCUGCUGCAGAUGAUUGCAAGGCAAGCUUGAUGUCAGUAAAUGAUGUGAGGCAAUGGACUGCAGGGGUCACUGCUUUAACCCCUGAGGCACGACGGAGCGGUAGCCCUGUUGAGCUGUGGCUGGACGCGUGUCAGUAUCUGGCAGGUGAGGACACAGAAGAUGUUGUGGACAGGAAGAGUCAUUCUGUGAUUCAAGAGGGACUCACAGUCACCGGUGACUUCUGUUUUCUCCCUGGAGAGACUCAAGAGUCGGGUUACAACCUCGAAGGCAGCGAGGUAAUUGGCUGGUCCAGUGAAGACACCAGAGGCUGGGGGCCACCGGUCAAGAGGUGGUCCUCAGUGGACAGCUGGGCGACUGCACUCUCAGACUGGACUGGUAUCAUCACAGUUUCACCAGACGACAUCACAACUGCCUUCACAGAGAUAGGGGCUGAGAUACAGGCUUUGACACAGGCGCUAGCAGAGGUAAACACUGAUUCGGACACAGAGGCGUCAGUGCAGGCACAAUUCCAGCCUAACAUGGGCAUCCAGGAUCAGCUUUUAGAAGCACAUAACACCCAGGAGAGCUCCAUCCUUUUUGGACGGGGUUGUCUCUCCGAAGCUGCAGGGCCGGAGCUCCGAGACAGAGUGGGCUCCCAGAGCGCUGAGCCUUUGUGUGAUUUUACUGCAACCACACAAGGAGCAGAGGAGACAGAAGAAAUCCAGGGCAACCACACUGAACCUUUUCUGUCCUUUCACUCAUCCACGGGUUCAUCCAGUGCCAUGUUGGCCAUAGACGUGACCGCAGUCCCACUGAUCCUUGGAGCUGCUUCCUCCACUCAUUUGGAUCUCUCUCAGUGUGGCAGAUGUGUCAACUCCUUGGAGACAGAACUUUUCAUCAGCAAUGAAGAUCCAGUCAUACUGAAUAUAACAGAGGAGACAGAUUUGGAGGGAGCGGAUGCAAUUAAAGAGCCCUCAGGAGAUGGACUGUAUGAAGUGACACAUGAAAGCAGUAUCUCCCAAUCGCAUUCGCUGGUCGAGCAGUACGCUGAAAGGAUCUGUGGGCCAUCCAAGGUCAAUAGAGGAGGAGCAGGCUCUAACUUCCUCACCACACGAUCUCUGACCAACUUACAUGUGCCAGGUGUGGACAGACAACCUGGCCUGCAUGUUCACACACACGUGUCGCCUGACAUUUCACCAGACCUCGACAGAACAUGUCAGGUGGCGCAACAGGGGGGGAGUCCCAAGUUUAUUAUACCCUUAGCUCCCCUCAGUAGCAGCUCCUCCCUCGUAUGUCGGAAAGGCAGUGGUUUGGAAGGAGAUCAAAUUUGUGCCCAAAGUUUUCUCGAUGACAACAGAGACCUGAGUUGUGAUCACGUCCAACCCUACGUUGUCUGGCAAACCUUAUAUGGGAUUACUGGCAAACUGUCCUCUGAUGGUUAUGAGGAGCGGAUUCAUAAACAAGAGCAUACAAUAAACUUUGCUGAGAAGUCUUCACCAGAGGGACAACUGGACUUACAACCCUGCAACACUUCUGAGUUUUUUUUCACUGAGAGAAAGACAAUAAUUGAGGAGAUUGAUGACCUCAGUAGAGAACUCUCAAACUUGGCUGUUGUACCUGCAGAUCAUUUCGUCAUCUCGGAGAAAAACUGUGUCGCAGUCAUCACUUUGGACUUCAAUGACCCAUUUGUUUCAAGGCCUAUAAAGACUGUCGCCACAGCCGUACCAUCUGAGAAGCCUGAGCUGAAUCAGAAAACAGCUGAGAAGAUGCCUCACAAAUCUCAAAAGCACACCUCAGAGGGCAAAACACGCUCCAAAAAGGACAAAUCAGCAGGUCACCAUCAUGGUGCACAGGCAUCCAACAAGCAGGAGAGUUUAUCUCAUCACGUUUCAGCCCCGCAGACCAACAAACAGCAAGAAACUCAUCCUCUUACUGUAGAAAAACAUAUUAGUGAGAACGCUCCAGCUGGACUUGAGGACAAUGAGGCUAAAUUGGGGACUGAAGCUGCAGCGGCAGCCGAGAAGGCUCCGAGCAAACCACAUGGCAAAAAGAAAAAGAAAAACGGUCAGAGCGCAGCAGCUCCGAAUAACGUAGGAGAGUCACCGGUUGACGAAGAUAAUGGAGCCAAACCAAAGACUGCAAAAGGAAGGAUUGAUAUGUUCGAGGCCAAGCUGGGUAACAAAGUGGAGAAAGCUCCUAAGGGCAUUGGUCAUUCAGAUGGUGCUUUGAAAAAGUCCCAGCAACUGGAGGCUAAAGCUUCCCAGGGUGAACGACCUCCGCAUCUUGCAGAGAAUAAAGACCGUCAGCCCAAGAAGUUCACCAGCCCUCUGAAAGAUGACGUUAUUAAAAGACGACGCCUGUCAGAGGAUAAGUUUGGCAAGUUUGUUAGUGCUUUGGAGUCUAAACUACCAAAGCCAGAUGUUUAUAUCAAAGCAAAGGCAGAGGAACCCAAGGCUGAUGCUGACGCAACUCGUAAAAAGGCAUACAGUGAAGUGGUCAAACAGAAGAUCACUCCGAAGGAAGAGCCCAAGGUGGUGCAGCCCAUCCAGACAGUGUCAGUGAGCGGGGACCCACAGAGUCUGUGCCUGUGGUGUCAGUUUUCAGCUGUCUUCUCCGACUACACUGUCACCUGGAGCAGAGAGGGCGCCGUCCUUGCUGAGAUCAAGAGAAGUGCAGGGGAUGAGAGCAGAGUGUCCCUCACCAUCUCCAACGCUUCCCACAAAGACUUGGGCAAGUACCAGUGUCGGCUCAGCAGCUUGCACGGAUCGGUCACUCUGGACUACCUGCUAACAUACGAAGUGCUCUGUGAGAUCGUCAUUCCUCCAUCUCCAAAGACAGCCUCAUCUGCUCCUGUAGACAUGGGGAGCGAAGAGGAGGAUGCCCGCUGUUGCAGGCUGAUGUUCAAGGAGGAUUUCCUAUCUGACCAAUCCUUUGGGGACAACCAUCCCCUCAGCAUCAUCACUGAGAAGGUCCACUUUGGGGAGGGAAUGCACCGGCGGGCUUUCCGGACCAAGCUGCGGACCGGUCAGAAGCCUCUUCUGCUGCCGGGACACUCUUGUGUGCUCAAAGUUCACAACGCCAUCAGCUACGGGACCAAGAACAACGACGAGCUCAUUGAGAAGAACUUCACCUUGGCUGUGGAGGAGUGUCAGGUCCAGAACACAGCAAGAGAGUACAUCAAGGCGUACACUGCUGCAGCUCAGUCUGCUGAAGCCUUCGGCGAAGUCCCAGAGAUCAUCCCCAUCUACCUGGUUCACCGUCCAUCCAACAACAUCCCCUACGCGACGCUGGAGGAGAUGCUGAUCGGCGACUUCGUCAAGUAUUCAGUCAAGGACGGCAAAGAGAUCAACCUGACGAGGCGCGACUCGGAGGCCGGACAGAAAUGCUGCGCUUUCCAGCACUGGGUCUACCACAACACCGAUGGCAACCUGCUGGUUACUGACAUGCAAGGAGUCGGCAUGAGGCUCACGGAUGUGGGCAUAGCCACCUGUAAGAAAGGAUACAAGGGCUUUAAAGGAAACUGCUCCACCUCCUUCAUCGACCAGUUCAAGGCUUUGCACCAGUGCAACACGUACUGUGAGAUCCUGGGCCUCAAAUCCCUGCAGCCUAAAGCCAAAAAGCCAGCGUAUGCUCCGAAACCCAAACCCCAACCCCCGGCCGCGCCCAAGAAGAAAACGUUUGGGCCCACACUGAAGGGGAAGUCGUAACCAGAGGGGAACUCUUUGGUCUAAGAGUUUUGGUUAUUGAUUGGUAUCAUGGGGUAAAGCUGGUUUUAAGGAGGCGAUGGAGAUGACUGGUCAUAUAAGAGAUUAUUUCAUCUCAUGUUGAACAUUUGAGAUGUAUAUGAAAUAUAUAUUUUUAUUUCGAUGAAGAGUUUGUAUGAGAGUUUGUGCGCUGUAGUUAUAACAAAUUUCUCAAGUUCUGGGAAAACUGUGACAAACACUUGAAAGAGAUAGAAGAGGCAGUUUAUCUACAGUGACGAGCUGUGAUGUCUUAGAUCGCUGCAUUGAUGAUGUGUGAUGAUUUUGCCUUUACAGGUCAAUGCGUUGUUUUCUUGUUUUUCUACUUUGAUGAUGUUUUCAAACCAUUAGUUCAUUAAAUUAAUGAACUUAUUAAUUAAUUGCUUUGGGGGAAUAUCUUUGAAACGUAGGUUGUAUUAUAAAUACACAGGAUUAAAAACACAGUAUGUUAUUUGGAGAUGACUUAUGGUAUAAGCGGGUCUUUUUUGUGCUUGGGUUAGGAUGAACGUUCUGUAUUUUCAGUUUAAUGUGACAUGAUUAUAACAUUGCUUCAUUGAGUGAUUGGAUUAAUUCACAAUAAUGUCAUAUUUGUACUGUGGAAAAAACAUUUUGUACAGAAAAAAAGCUCACGUAAAAGAAACAUUUAAAUGGUUUUCCUCUUAAACUGAUUUAUUCAUUUGUCAAUUUACCAUCAGUUCUGUUUGUUGCAUUGAUUUCUGGCAUUAUUUCGUGGAUCCACGCUGCUCUGGUUCAGCUCAGGCGUGAAAAACUAAAACCAAUAAUCAGUUAUCAAACCACACUGUAACCUGACGGCCGCAGCCAAAUCGACAGUGUAAUCUCAAUAUAGCGUCCCGGCUUUUCAACUAACGUCUCUGACUGCCUCUAUACGAUAAGCCUCUCCUGUCCUAUAAUGUCAGUGUGGCCUUUUUAAAUCCCUGCCCCAAAUUGUUGACAUGGCUCUCAGGCUGUGGCUAUGUGACCAGUGUGUGCAGCAAACUGCGGAUCUUUGUUAUUAAAGAGAGGUUGCUGGUUGAAAAUG